CCAGACCGGCAGGAGACUCCGUUGGCCGGCUCCGCGUUGGGCUGCUGAAUGCUCGGUCCAUUACAAAUAAAACUUUUUACCUGAACGAUUCCUUCUCAUCGGAGCACCUGGACUUUCUGUGCCUUACAGAGACUUGGCAGCAGGAGACUGUCCACAUCCACAUAAAUGAACUCUGCCCCCCUGACUGCUCUGUCCUUAGUACCCCCCGCUCAUCUGGACGGCUCGGGGGUGGUUUGGCUCUCAUCCACCGAGACAUUUUUCCCUGCAGGAAUUUAAGACCGGACUGCUUCAGCUCCUUCGAACUACAAAUCACUAAGGUUGGAUUUGAUCAGCCGUUUUAUCUAAUUUUAGUUUAUCGUCCUCCUGGGCCAGCACGAGUGUUUUUAGAUGAGUUUUCUGAGUUUUUAUCCAGCAUAAUUCCACUCCAGUCUGUGCUUUUAUUAGGUGACUUUAAUUUUCACAUUGAUAAUUCAGCAUGCAUGUUUGGUUCAGAGUUAUUAUUUUUAACUCAAUCAUUUAAUUUUACUCAACAUGUUUCUGGCCCUACUCGUGACAAAGGUCAUACCUUGGAUUUGUUUUUUUCAUUUGGCCUUAAUAUUGAGCAGCUUUGUGUUAGAGACAGUCAUGUUAGUGAUCACUGUUGGAUUUUCUUCAAUGUGAAAUUCCCUCUUUCUCCUUUAUCCUCUCCUCUCGGAGCUCAGCACCGCCUGUGGUCAAAUUUCCUCCCAGUUACAAUGAACGACAUUCGUUCUCUUCUCAAUAAGAUCAAGCCCUCAUCUUGA